AUGGCGGAUAGUUAUUUUAUUGUUAUAGUAACAGGUAUGUCCGAAGUGUGGGUCGAGCUUCGGGCGCCCCGAUUUGUCGUACAUGGACACAGCGCACAAGUCCGAUGCGAGCAUAAUGUUGACCCAGGAACUAUAUACAAGGUUGUCUUCUUCAAGAACAGCCAUCGAAUUAUGCAGUACGUGCGAGGAAGAGAUCCGCCGUACGAGUUCUAUAAUUUCUCUGGAGCUGAUAUAAAUUUAAUAAAAGUGACACCGACAUCGCUUACACUAGACAGAAUGGAUUUUAACGCUGCUGGGACCUACGCCUGUGAAAUUGCGAUGGAAAUUCCUUUGUACUCGAAACUCUCAAAAAUAAACGAAAUCAAUGUUAUAGUUCGCCAAAAACACCGUCCAAAAAUAAAGAUUAGACAAGAGAAAUUAUCACCAAAUGGUGACUUGGAGGCCACCUGUCACAGUUCAGCUGCCUAUCCAGCACCACAUCUCACAUGGCUGGUGAAUAAUGUUAAGGUCGAUGAAAGGUUAACAAUUCCUCAUGGCACAGUCAAUGUCCACCGAUACCAUCAUGGAAUGCCACUCUCCCUCACCAACUCGUCUUUGCGCUUCCCCCUUUCAAGCCUACAACUACGUCCGAACCAGACUGUCGAUAUCACAUGCCUAAGCACCAUACCUAGUUAUCCAACAGUGGGGGAAGGUUAUGCUGACUUACAGAAUCAGACUAUCACAGUAAACCUAGUUCGAUUGGAGCCGUCGCCCACUCAACUCCCUGUCAAAAUAUUAAGCAGCGAAGAGAAUCAAUCGGAACGACUUAAAAUAUACAAUUAUCUUAUUUUUAUUAUGAUAUGCAUAAUAUACUAGGCUAUUGGGUGUUUAAUGUAUACUGAAAAAACAUUUACGAAUUCUGAACUCGAGUUCUGAAAUAACGAAGUAUUUCGUACGAAAUCUAAUUAUUCAUUUGUGAUAAAUUAUAUUAUGCUGUACUUGAGUUUAAUGAAGAUAAUUUACUUACAAAGUUGGCAAGUUAAUGUCACCUCUUAAGUAGAUAAAUUAUAUAAUAUUAACUUUGUUAGUUAUAACAACUUAUUUAAUUAUUUUAGUCUCUAUACACGUGUUCAAACAACUACGAAACAGUGGCAAUUAUAUUGCCAGAAAAUAACGGCUUAGUUUACAAUAUUUUAGAAAUAAAUUUUAAUUUCAUCUACGAAUGUAGAUAGCGCUUCUUUGAAUGCUUUGUAACUUUUACAAACUUAUGUACGCGAAAAUAUGAGACUGAAUAUAAAUUAAAAUUAGGCUUGUCCUAAUUAUGCCCCUUUGAAUUUCCUAUAUCCGUUUCGCCUAACCCUUAACAAUCUGAAUGUAUUCAUAGAUUUUUGUUGUUUAGGUCUUUGGUCUUCGUAAAUUUAAAUAGAUUAGUAAAUAUAUAUAUUAUAUUCGGUGUAUUGUGUUCGGUGUUUAUCCCUUUUUUACGUACGAUAUA